GCUUUUUGCUCCAUUGCUCCUGCGGGGGAGAGGGGGGGAACGGUGGAGGCAUUUGACAGAUUGUCCGGGCUGACAUUGUCGAGCGUCAGUGGGACGAGACAGGUUGCAGUGAUUGGCAGGGACUUGGCCUUGAACAUGUUCAGGUGUGACGGUGACACUGCAGCUUCCCGGGUCAUGGACUCCUGGAUAUGCGGGAUGGGUGACUAGUAGCAGGAGAGGGAGGGUUUUAAGAGGCUGCUGAUCCGCAUACUGGUCCUCGAAUUCUUGCGUCUCUUGUUUCCUUCUGGUUGCGUCGAGGACAUGUCGGGUUCAGUCCUCAAGGCCGACGGCAACAUGGGAACAUUUACCGAGAAGCAGGAUGGUUCAACUUCGCCCCCGGGGUCAGACGACCUCGUCGAUGUCGAGCAGGUCGACAGAGUGGCCGUGCCUCCUCCGCCAACGCUCGAAUCGUUUGCCCAUCUCGACGAAAAGGCCAUUUUGCGCAAGAUGGAUAUGCGCCUCCUCCCGAUGCUCUCCCUCCUCUACCUCCUCUCCUUCCUCGACCGCGGCAACAUCGGCAACGCCAAGAUCGAAGGGCUGCAAGAAGACCUUCGGCUGACCAACGACCAGUACAACUGGUGCCUGACCGCCUUUUUCUUCACCUACGCCGCCUUCGAGGUGCCCAGUAACCUGAUGCUGAAGCGGGUGCGCCCUUCUGUCUGGCUGCCCGCCAUCAUGGUCGCGUGGGGGGUCGUCAUGACCCUCAUGGGCCUCGCGCACAACUACGCGGGGCUCCUGGCCGCGCGCAUCUUCCUCGGCGUCACCGAGGCCGGCCUCUUCCCCGGCGUGGCCUACUACCUGACGAGCUGGUACCGGCGGGACGAGAUGCAGCUGCGCCAGGCGUUGUUCUUUAGCGCGGCGAGCGUCGCGGGCGCGUUCAGUGGCCUGCUGGCCUUUGCGAUUGGCAAGAUGGACGGCGUGGGCGGGCUGCAUGGGUGGCAGUGGAUUUUUAUCUUGGAGGGUAUUGCCACGGUGGUUGUUGCCAUUGUGGCGUUCUUUGCUGUUCAUGACUUCCCCGAGACGGCUGCGUUCCUUACCGAGGAGGAGCGCGCGUUUGUCGUGUACCGGCUCAGGUACCAGGGCCAGAGCCGUCCUGGUCAAGCCCAGGUUGCGCAGGCGGAUGCGUUCAAGUGGAAAUACGUCCGGGCCGCGUUCCUGGAUUGGCAGAUCUGGCUGUCCAUAGUGGUGUACUGGGGCGUCGUCUGCCCUCUGUACGGCAUCUCCCUCUUCCUUCCGACCAUCAUCAGACAGCUUGGCUACCAGAGCAGCCAGGCGCAGCUGAUGACGGUGCCCAUCUACGUCACCGCCGCCGUCCUGGCCGUCAUCGCCGCCUACUUCUCGGACAAGGUCGGCAAGCGCAGCCCCUUCAUCGUCGGCUUCCUCCUCGUGAUGGUCAUCGGCUUCUCCAUGGCCAUCGCCACCGACCCGACACAGCACCCGCGCGUCGUGUACGGGGGAGUUUUCAUCGCUGCCUGCGCCAUCUACCCUGCGUUUCCGGGUGUAAUUUCGUGGCUGUCGAAUAACCUGGCUGGCUCGCUGAAGAGGUCUGCUGGCAUGGCUUUGCAGAUUGGGGUGGGCAAUCUCGGCGGUGCUAUUGCCUCCAACCUCUACCGCGGAAAAGACGCCCCACGAUAUCGGCUCGGACACGGCCUGGAGCUGGGCUUCAUUGGCGCGGGCAUUAUCGCUGCACUGGUCCUCCUGGCCGGAUAUUCCGCGGAGAACAAGAAACGCAGCAGAAAGAUGGAGGAGGGUGCGUUAGACUCGUACACGCCCGAGCAGCUGUCUGACCAGGGAGACAAGGCCCUCACCUUCCGCUACGUGUAUUAAAGCACUGCAUCAUAUGAUGAUCCUGUUGCCUGGCAAGAUAUCGUUUUCGGGCGAUAGACGGAAAAGGG